UCCUUUCACACUGAAGAAGUAAUGAAUUUAAAAAACUCAUGGCUGGUUAUUGAAGCCACCGGUUUGAUGUUAAAUUUGAGAGAUGGCUGAGUUUCCUGCCAGAAACCAAACCAUAGAAACACAGGGUACAGAAGGCAAGCACAUGCAAAGUCAAAUCAAAUUUUAUUUGUAUAGCGUAUUUUACAGCAGUUGUCACAAUAUGCUUUACAGACCUGGUCUAGACCCCCACAGAAGCAAGCCUAAGGCAACAGUGGUGAGGAAAGACCCCCUGUGGCAGAUGGGAAGAAGUAACGACUAAACCUCAUUGGGUUGAAAAUUAAAACUUAUGAUAGUUUCUUCUGUCCAGGUUCACACUAAAUUUUUGCUGGGCAGUAGAAAAACAUUUUACUUUUCAACCUAAUUAGGCAUUUUUGUAGGAGUUGAAGAUUCAGCCAGCCCUUAUUGCAUAGAAGAUAACAAGUAAUGUUGAAUAGCAUAGAAAACAUAAUUUCAAAACCUGUGAAAUACAAGAUGGUAAUAAUGAUGUGGAUAAAAACGCUAGCACACUCGCUUCAAUGCCAAGCCUCGUCAGUACGGCCAUGGCAAGCAAGCUCUUUAGGUAGAGUGUGAUGGACUUUCACCCUACUUACAGCCCUAACAAAAACCUGCCCCCGCACCUUUGUCAGUUAAGAUCAAACACUUGUGGUCUAAAUUGUUUCACGGACCAGAACCAGGAAACGUGCAGCAUCGCAGAGGUUACACAUAUCACGGCUUGCAGCGUAACAAACGUAUGCUUACGGAUGCUGAUUAGGAGACCUGUUGAACAUUUGUAGAGUGUUCAGCACAGAAUGUUGAAAAUGUUUUAAGAUCAUUAUUUAUGGCUCCUAAAGUUGGCUUUGCAGAGCUUUGUGGUUGCUAAAGCUGGCUUUCCAGAGUGAUCAAUGAUAGAUAUUCCAAGAUCCAGUGAUAAAAUGGUGCAGUGUGUGACAGAACAGCCCUUCCUUCCCUGGCUAAGACAGUAAAGCUUCAUAACAAUUCCUCCCAUUUUUGAAUACCUGGCCUCAGUCCAAUGCCACUCCUUCUGUGAACAGAACGAGGAAACCGGUUUGCUUCCUUCCACCCUGUUUCAGAAUAAAUGAAACUACCUCCACAGAAACCAAAUAAAAACUGCCUGCCGUUCUCCUGGUGUGUGGAUAAAAUGACUGACUCUAGCAUCCCUGUGGAGCAGGAUGAGUUAAGCUGUCCAGUCUGUCUGGAUUUGUUUAAUAAUCCGGUGACUGUUCCCUGUGGACAUAGUUUCUGCAUGAAUUGCAUUAGACGUUGCUGGGAUAGGGAGGAUGGUACAGGAAUCUAUCACUGCCCCCAGUGCCAACAGACUUUCCAGUCCAGACCUGUUCUGGGCAAGAACAUAGUGCUGGCCAACUUGGUGGAGGAAAAAAACCAGUGCGGACCUGGACCUGGACCUGGACCAGGACUCGGACCUGGAACCGGACUUGGACUUGGACCUGGAACUGAAUUCGGACUCGGACUUGAACCUGUCUGGUGCGACGUGUGCCCCAAGGGAAUGCAGCUAGCCGUGAAAUCCUGCCUGCAGUGCCUGGCGUCCUACUGCAAAGCUCACCUGGGUCCACACAACGAAUCCUCAGCUCUAAAAAAGCACCAGCUGACCGAAAGCACGACACACCUGCAGGAUUUGGUCUGUGCUGUCCACAGAGAACCGCUGAAGGUUUACUGCCGCACCGACCAACGAUGCUUCUGUCUCCUGUGCACGAUGGACCAGCACAAACAUCACGACACAGUCUCUGCUGUGGCCGAAUGCGCUGAGAGGCAGAAAUCAGCACAGACAAAUUUCCAGAAAUGGAUCCAGGAGAGAGAGAAGAAGCUGCUGGAUACUAGACAGGCAGAGCAUUUGCUCACACACGCUGCUCGGACAGCAGUAGAGGAGAGUGAGAGGCUCUUUGCUGAUAUCAUCCACUCCAUUGAAGGACAGCGCUCAAGGGUAAAGGAGCUGAUCCUGUGUGAAGAGAGGAAAGCACUGGUCCCUGUCAAAAGCCUACAGGAGAGACUGGAGCAGGAGAUCACUCAGCUGAGAGGGAGGGAUGCUGAGCUUCAGAAACUAGCACAAAUGGAGGACCCCAUCUCUUUUCUCCAGCGCUGGAGGUUUCUCUCUACCGAUCCUGGGCCCUGUAUUGUACCAGGAGUCACUGCAGUUCCAAACCACUCCUUCGAGUUCGUAAGCAAAGCUGUUUCUGAGCUGAAAGACCAAAUGGAGACCGUCUGCCAGGAUAAAUUUGACAAGUUAUUAGAAAAAGUCUCCAGAGUGAAUAAAGUGUCUGCUCCUCCAUCUCGAAAGCACAGGACCAGAGCAGAGUCACCAUCGACUUCCACUAGCAGAACAGAACUGCGGAAACUCAGAUCUGGGGAGACAGGAAAUGGUUGUGGGCCCCGUGCGACUAAAGUGCAAAUUCUGGAAAGUCCUGAAUCAUUGCCAGAGCCUAGGACCAGAGAAGAGUUCUUAAAAUACGCCUGUGAGCUCACGCUCGACCCCAACACGGCACACGCACAGCUGCUUCUCUCGGACCGUGACAGAGAGGUGAGACGGGUGAAAGAGAAGCAAAGGUAUCCAAAUAGCCCAGAGGGAUUUGACUUCAAUUGUCAGGUCCUCUGCAGGCAGGCCCUGUCAGGGAGACGCUGUUACUGGGAGGCCGAAGUGAAGGGGAAUAAGGCGGAAAUAGCGGUCGCAUACAAAGGGAUUAAGAGGAAAGAUGGGGACCGAUCCAAUUCAUUCGGCAGGAAUGACAAAUCCUGGAGUCUGUGUUGCAUAAAUGGAGUCUACUCCAUUUUCCACAAUAAAAAUGCGAUCCGAUUACCUGUCCCAUACUGUUCUAAGGUUGGUGUGUACCUGGAUCACCCAGCUGGCACGCUGUCAUUUUACAGUGUCUCUGACAUCAUGAGCCUCAUACACAGGGUGGAGACUAAGUUCACUGAGCCUGUGUAUGCUGGGUUUUGGAUUGGGGAACAGUGUAGUGUGAAACUCAUGGCCCUUGUCCAUCACCCUAACAUAGCGCGCCGUACCACGUUGUGAAACCGAUACCAUGGCUUCUGGAUGCGUUUCCAUCGCCAGCAGAAGUGUACUGUGUAUAGUCCUCGGAACUAAAUUUUGCUACUACCAACUGCCAUUUUCAAACGGCUGGUAAUACAAUCCAGGGCUCAUCCCCCCAAAAUCACUGGUUUUCAGUGUAAGUAGGCAUCUGGUGUUUAAUAUAAUCCUUACUGUCCCAGCAUUAGGGAGUUGUUGUAAAUAGGAGAAAAAAACAGGCCGGUUAAGAAAAAAUAAGAAAAAAAAACGGUGACAAAUAAGACAUAGGCAAUGUAAUGUUGUUGGGUAUCAGCUCUGACUGAAAUGAAAUCUGAAAUCAACAUUUGGCCAAUAAUUUAUCCUCAGAUCACGAAGACAUAAUGUGUGCGUUGUGCGGUCCAUGUGAAAUAAAUACGAGUGGGUAAUAAAAGAUUUUAAAAUGUAUUUUUUACCUUUAUGAAAAUAUUCUAAAAUGUUAAAAUAUGAUUAGGCAGGGCUUCUUAGGAAUAUGGUUCUAGGCCUCCAUCUUAUACUCCUUUCUCACAAGCAGCCACAUAUAACCUCUGUAUCAUUACUGUUUUUUUUUGUUUUGUCUUUUUUUUUUUGCAAUAAAAUUUCCCUCCAAUAAAUAUUUGUGCAAACUGA